AUGCCAAGCUCAGGCGCCGCGCCCGAUAGAAAAUCCAGCCAAUUAUGGUUGUCUGUUCCACUUGGUCCACCGGUCCCGCCGCCAGCGCCACUAGCACUGGCACCGCCGCCUCCCGUACCAGAUGUAAGAGAGGAGUGCGACGAAGAGUGUGAAGUAUGUGCUUGCGACGAAGAAGGAUUGAACUGCGGCCAGUCGAACGAGUACAUUGUACUCACCCCUCCUCCGUUUCCUCCUCCAGUACCUCCGGCUGCUCCACCUGCCAUACCGCUUCCGGCCCCAGACGAUCUCGGUCCGUCGCCACCGGGCCCACCGCCCGACCCAAACACACCGGUGAAUAAAUCAUCCGUCCCAGGACUCAUAGGCCCUCGUACAGCUCCACCUCCACCUCCACCACCACCACCUAUACCAGAGAACGAAUGCGACCGCCCCGGAGCACCAUACCCAGGCUGGGGUGUUGAGCCCGGCGAACCCGAAGGGGGGAAGCCCGCAGGUCGGAGAGACGGUGGCUGA